AAAGAAUCUGACGAUAGACUUGCGAUUGUUGCAGAAAGGAUUUUGAAUACUUUAAAUGACAUUUGGAACAAUCAAGCAUUUGGGUCUGAGUUUGCCAAUUCAUUGAAUGAAGGCACUUAUGUUUCGAACGUGAUUCUACCUGUCAUCCGAGCAACAUUGCAAGAUCUUCCUUUCG